UAAGCAGCUGGCAACACGUAAGCGGGGAAAGAAGAAGCCAUGUUUGUUUGAGAGGAUUCCACAAAUUCAAUCGAAAUAUCGAAAAUGAUCGGUCGAAACGAAGCGUUAGACCGAAAUCAAAGGCGUUGUUUGGUAUAUAUUUACGGUAAUUAUUUGGAUCCCACGAACGUAUAAAGUAGCCAUGUUUAUUAAUGUCGCGUCGAAUAAAAAUGAAAGUCGAUAGUCUGGUCGUGUAUCGUCUGGUCUGAAUCAUCAUGGACGGAAACAAGGAUGAAUGCGAGAAAUGCAUCAGCUUCGCCGUUAGAUUCAUUAACGAGGGAAGGAGAGAUUUAGCCUUGAAGUAUUUGCGUAAAGCGGACAGGUUAUAUCCUUGCCAGAAAGCUCGAGAUUUAAUUAAUCUCCUCGAGAAACUGAUCACAGAUAACGGCUAUUCUUUUCAUCCUAAAACCGUUCCUACCGAAAAUGCCGAAAGAGACGACAGUCAGUCGUAUAAAAGGUCGACUUUUAUAAACGACGAAGAAGAUAAAGAAAAUGAAUAUUACGUGGACGACGAAGAUGGUGAAUAUACCGAGCAAAGCCUGGAAAAUAUUCAAAGAAUAAGAAAUUGUAAAGAUUAUUACAAGAUUUUGGGAGUAAGCAAAGAAUCAAAACAAACAGAACUUAAGAGACAAUAUAGAAAACUCUCUUUAUUAUAUCAUCCAGACAAAAAUAGAACACCUGGAUCAGAAGAAGCUUUUAAAGCUAUUUGUCAAGCAUUUUCCACUCUUAAUGAUCCAGAAAAAAAGAAACAGUAUGAUUUGUUGAAACUGUAUGAAUCAUCUGGAAGAAGACAUACUCAUUCAGAAAAUAAAUUUUAUAAUAAUUCUCAUGUGUAUAAUAAAGCACCAAAUCGUUGUCCUCCCCGAGAAAGACGAUGGUAUCACCGAAGAGAAGCACAGAGAGAACCUUUGGAUGACAAUGGCUUAAUAGCAAAACUUCUCUUGGCUGCAAUCUGUUUAUCUCUUGCCUGUACUCUCUACAUCUCUGAACCUACUUAUAGUCUGUCUAAAACACCAAAAUUUUCCCAAGAGUUGAAGACAAAGAAUUUAAACAUUCUGUAUUAUGUCAAAGAGUCAUUCGAACACGAUUAUACCGGUAGCGUUUUACAAUUAGAAGCAGAAAUUGAAAAAGAAUACGUAUUUCAUUUAAAAUCAUCAUGUUUCAGAGAAAGAAAUUACAAAGAAACAAUGAUAUGGAGAGCCAAGAAUUUGAAAGAUCGAAAUUUGGAAGAAAAAGCCAAAAGUUUGCAGACGCCUUCUUGUGAUACUUUACUUCAAUUAUAUCAUAAUUGAUUUAUAUAGAAGAAAAUUACUCAAAAUAUGCAAAUUAUAUUACUAAAUCAUUCUCUAAGCAGAUCUUUUCAAGUUAAUUGUUACCUUUAGCAUCCGUUUCUAUGACAGAUAUUUUGAAACGAGCAAUAUUUUAUGAUUACAAACAUCCACUAAAUUGUAAGAGUUAAUAUAAGAUCACCUAAUAUUUUUUAUUAAACCGAAAGAUUUAGUAUUGUUGUGGACUGUUUAAAAAGUUUUUUUUGUUUGUUCACAAUAAAGUUACGUAAAUUGA